AUGGCAGCGUUGCAGCGCUUAUUGGCUCGGGAAAAGAUUGACGAGCGUCGGCAUGCGCUAUUUCGAGCAAGCGGCAUCACGACCCACCGCCAGUUGCUACAACGUCCGCUGUGGGAUGUCGCUCAUGCUAUGGACAUGUCCGUUUGUGAAGCAGAGGAACUCGUGGCAAAACUCUCGAUUCGACUGGCUCCAGCUGGUCGAUCGGCGUUCGACCUGUUCUUGGACAGUGUCAACCACCCAAUGGUCUUACGCACAGGACUUCCAGGCAUCGAUCAGGCUCUAAACGGAGGUCUGCACUGUCGAGCUGUGUCCGAGUUUGCAGGCACGGAUGGCAUUGGGAAAAGCCAAGUAGCCAUGACACUUGCGGUGAUGUGCGCCCUCGAUUACCCGGACAACACAGUCAUGUUUUUCGACACGGAGCACAACUUUAGCGCUAAACGGUUAUUGCAGAUUGCAAUUGCGCGCAUUCGACAGACGAACGCAGGUCAGGAAGCAGACAUUAACGAAGUGGCUGCAAGCGUUGUUCGACGCAUUCGUGUCGUCAAAGUCAACUCUGUCGCGGCAUUUCAAGCCAAGUUCAAGGAAGUGCAAAGUGUCACGCACUUGCUCCAGAUCAAGCUGCUGAUUGUUGACUGUGUAACAUCACUUUAUGCCAAGGCUCAUGGCUUGAGUCACGCACAGCGUCAACAUCAAAUGCUGCGGCUGAUCCGAGACUUGAAAGUUUUUGCCGACACGUACCAAGUGUUUGUUGCAGUCACGAAUCGGGCAACUACGGUCGAAAGCGAUGAUGGAUUGUAUACAAAGCCACAGCUUGGCGACACUUGGGCACACUGCGUCACCACGAGGUUCGUCAUGGAGCGGCAUUCUCUGUAUCGUGCAAUAACUAUUGCGAAGUCGUCCGUUGCAGGCUACGUCGUACAGCCGUUCCAGAUCAAGGAAGGUGGUGUUGAGACUGUCGCGGACGAAAACUCGUCAGCAGCGUCAGACGACUUUACUUUCCAAGACGAGCUACUGAGAGACAUGACGCUUGGCGCUUUGCCGACAGUAGAGCCAGAGUGCACUCUACGAUCGACACAGCAGAGCAACGCAGACGACCUCGACGACACGGAGCUGGAUGCGCAAUGCGACGUUGCAGGUCAGACACGUCAGGAAGAAGAUGUGCAGGAAACCGAUCGUAGCAGCUUUGACAUUGUGUCCGACUCCAACUCGGAAGAAGACAGCGAGUCGAUCGACUGGGACGUCGGCGCUGACGUGUAG